AUGGAGCCCUCUACUGACCCAUCGCUUUUCGAGAAGCGACAAGAGGAGCAGAAACCGGAGGACCCGAUCAACGCAAAUAUCGAAAAAAGAGUCGAACGCGGUGACGACCUUCACGCUGAACAUGCAUCCGAAUCAGAGUCUUCCAGUCACGACCAUUCACCGAAGAUAGAAAGGGGUGGAAAACGCGAGCUCAGAGAAGACGAAUGUUACGAGUCGUUGGGUUUCUGCUUUCCAACAUGGAGGAAAUGGAUGAUUCUCACCGUUAUCUUCGUGGUUCAAAUGUCCAUGAACUUCAACUCGGGCGUUUACUCAAAUGCUUUAACAGGCCUGGUGGAGGAAUUCAAAAUCUCCGAACAGGCCGCACGAGUCGGUCAAGCCGUAUUCCUAGUCGCAUAUGCCUUUGGAUGUGAGCUUUGGGCACCUUGGUCUGAAGAGUUCGGCCGAUGGCCCAUCAUGCAGCUCUCUCUUUUCUUCGUGAACAUCUGGCAAAUCCCUUGUGCUCUCGCACCUAACUAUGGAACUAUUGUUGUGUGCCGUAUUCUCGGUGGUCUUAGCUCCGCCGGUGGCUCUGUCACUCUGGGUAUGACCGCUGAUAUGUGGGAAGCAGAUGACCAGGGCUUCGCUGUGGCAUAUGUUGUCCUCUCCUCUGUGGGUGGCUCAACCAUCGGUCCUUUCAUCGGUGGAAUUAUCGAACAAUACCUAUCUUGGCCCUGGGUAUUCUGGGUCCAGUUGAUAUUCGGCGGCGCCACUCAGGCUCUGCACUUUUUCCUCGUUCCCGAAACCCGAUCUUCCAUUCUUGUCGAUAGAGAAGCUAAGCGCCGACGUAAGGCCGGUGAGGAAGAGGUCUACGGCCCCGAUGAAAUGAAAGAAUCACGCAUGAAUGUGAAGGAGGUCUUCAAGAUUUGGAGCCGUCCCUUCGAAAUGUUCCUCCGAGAGCCUAUCGUGCUUUUCCUCUCCCUUCUCUCCGGUUUCUCCGACGCUCUGAUCUUCGUCUUCACCGAGUCUUUCUCCCUCGUAUUCGAACAAUGGAAUAUGAGCACCCUCGCCGUCGGAAUGACCUUCGGCUCCAUCCUCCUCGGCUACAUCAUCGCAUACAUCAUCUUCCUACCAGACGUAUAUCGCCAAAUUCAAACCCGUCGCAAGCACGGUGUAGCCUCCCGCUACGCCGAGCGACGCCUCCUUCUCCUUCUCUUUAUCGCUCCUUUAGAACCAAUUGGUCUCCUCGGUUUCGCAUGGACCUCCAUGGGCCCACCAAUCCCCUGGAUUGCCCCAUUGAUCUUCGCCUGCCUCAUCGCAAUGGCCAACUACGCAAUCUACAUGGCUACAAUCGAUUACAUGAUUGCUGCAUAUGGCCCUUACUCUGCCUCCGCAACAGGUGGUAAUGGUUUCGCUCGAGACUUCCUCGCUGGUAUUGCUACUAUGUACUCGACACCGAUGUAUGAAAAUAUGGGCAGCAAGUACCAUCUCCAGUGGGCUAGUACGCUGCUUGGUUGUGUCGGCUUCUUGGUUCUGAUCCCUAUCUAUGUAUUUUACUGGAAAGGACCUGAGAUUCGUAAGAAGAGCAAAUUCGCUCAGGAGUUGGCUGCUGAUCGUGAGAAGGGAGCUGAGCGCCGCAGAAGUCGCGCUACCCCUGCUGCUACUCCUGCGGCUCACGCCCAUGAAGCUGCCCAGGAGUAUUUUGCUUGA